AUGCAGUCUGCUCCUAUCAUUCAAGGAAAAGAAAGUGCGGAGAAAACCGCUAGGUCUAUAUUCGUUGGAAAUAUUCCGUACGAGGCUACUGAGGAGAAGUUGGUGGAACUGUUCUCCAAAGCCGGACCCGUUGUCAGCUUUCGAUUGGUCUAUGACAGAGAAUCUGGCAAGCCCAAAGGAUAUGGUUUUUGUGAAUAUGCUAAUCCUGCUAUCGCGGCGAGUGCCUUACGCAAUCUGCAAAACAUUGAAUUUAAUGGACGACCUCUGAGAAUUGGUGCUGCUGCUGGUGAGCAAAAUUCGGCUGAAAUCGCCCUGACAAAUCCAUCGGUUGGUCCUCCCCUUGAAAAUCCUUAUGGAAAUCCGGUGGACCCUGCAAAAGCCCCUGAAGCUAUUAGUCGGGCCGUGGCCAGUCUCCCUCCCGAGCAGAUGUACGAAUUGAUGAAGCAGAUGAAGUUAUGCAUUCAGAACAAUCCAAAUGAGGCUAGAAAUAUGCUUCUUCAGAACCCUCAACUAGCUUAUGCUCUUCUACAAGCACAGGUGGUCAUGAAAAUAGUCGAUCCAAAGGUUGCAAUAGCUAUGUUAAAUCGAACACAUGACCAGAUUCCGCCAUUGAGGCCAGAAAAUGUACCGUCUGGAAUGUGUAAGCUCCCUGAAUCUGGAGUGGGCGGUGGCGGUGAUGUGAACAAACCACCACAGCAAUCGUUCUCAGCAAUACCGAUGAAUGGAGAUCAGUUCUCCAAUCAUCCAUCAGCUUUUCCAGGCGAAUUUCCACCUGAACAAUUACAGCAACCCAUGGGUGGACCGGGGAUGUAUGGUGGUUUUCAGCCACCCCCACCGCAGCAGCCACAACCACAUCAAGUACCGGGAGGAUUUCCACAUUUGCCACACCCAUCCCCUAGCGGGCCAUUGGGUCAGCCUUCCGCUUUUUCUGUUGGAGCUCCCCAGCCAGGAGGCCCACCCCAACCUACCACAGCUCAUUCUACUUCCGGUAUUUCAUCUCUCGAUCAGUUGAAUCCAGCGAUAUCGGCAGCCCUAAAAGCGGGCAGUGGAGGCAAUGUGACAGGACUGCCACAGAAGGAAGAGGAAAAGUUGGGUCUCAUCAUGCAGGUGCUUGCACUUUCCGAGGAGUAUAUUGCUCAGCUGCCAGAGGAUCAACGACGCAGCAUUCGCAUUCUGAAGGAGCAGGUGGGCAAAAGAAGCGGUUUUUAG